AUGUCGCUACCCCACUUCGCGCCUUUUCCAGAUGCAAAAGUCAGAAAGAGCAUACUUCCCGACGAAUGGCAAUUAUACCUGGAUUCCUGGACUUCGUUAGCUGAGCUGUACCUGAGACUCGGGGAUCAGCAGUUCUCGGCAGCAAUCAAAGAGGAUGGCUCACUAACACAGUUUCUACUGUCUUUCUUCCAUGAGCUGGCCCUGGACGAUGAGCUAGCAUCCAAAGUUGCGUCAUUGCGAAAGAAGAAUUUCUUUUUAUUACACAGGAUCCUUUCAAGGGGUGAGAUACCCAAUUCUUUGCUCAGCUGGUCAACUCUGUCCGAUGUUUGUCAUGCAUAUACCAAAAGCGAGCAGUUCCGUACGCUCUUGCAGGGAGCCUGGAGACGAAACGGUGCCGUAAUCGAGAAGUCAUUACAGACUGCGAAAACAUCUUUCAUCCGGAAUCUGGAAUCUAAGCGACCGGAAGAGGCCGAGAAGACACUUGAUCGAAUCGCACCUCUUCUCAGGGCUUCGUCAGACGCCAGCAUCUUCAUGCUCACAGGGUCCGAUUUCCUCGAUUCUUUGCUUGCCGCGUACCCACAAGUACCGCAGUCAAUGCAGAAGAAGCUAGUCACGACUGCAUAUAUCGGCCUCAUAGCUGCACUAGAGGGACCAAAGCCUAAUUAUUCGUUGCUUUCCGAUCAUUUGUACAGCCUGAAAUCCAGCGAAGAGCAGGAUCAAAAGAAUGGGCCUGGGAAAAAGACGUUGGUUGCUGACCUUGUCACAAACACACCGUUGCUCGAGAAGAUCAGAGAAAAAGCUACUACUCCGGAAGCUGCAAGAGUAAAGAAUACUGCAGCAUCAUUAAGCACAUUUCGGCAAUCCGCUCUAGCUCGACCAAAGAGGCUAAUUCGACGGAAAGUAGAUAAAGGCAAAGCAAACGCGGAUCAAGAUAGUUAUGGACAUGGAGCAUUCACUGGCGAGAUUCAUGUUCAUCGCAUGAGUAUGAUCAGUCAAAUACAGGACCUCUUUCCAGAUCUUGGUGCAGGCUUCAUUGUGAAGUGCUUAGACGAGUAUAACGAAGACAUUGAGCAGGUCACUGCGCAUCUCUUGGAAGACUCGCUGCCCCCACAUCUCUCCGAGGCAGAUCGGAGCGAGAAGCUGCCUACACCAGCGACAUCUUCACAACCGCUGCCACCACCGAGAUCAAGCCAGCAUAUUCCAGAACGGCGCAAUGUGUUUGAUGGUGAUGAGUUUGAUAAGCUCGCAGUUGACACAUCUCGGCUUCACAUGGGCCGAAGGGGUCAAGAUCUGAACGCUGAUAAAAUUUUGUCUGACCGCAGUAAAGCGCCCGCCAAGUCAGCAAUCAUGGCAGCUUUGGCGGCCUUCGAUUCGGAUGACGAUGAGCGUGAUGACACAUAUGACGCGGAAGACGUUGGUGCGUCGGUCGACACUGCCGCGCAUGGCCCUGGCGAGGACGCCGACCUUGGUGACAAGAAUGAAGAAGCCCUGUUCCGCGCCUACACCAUGACACCCGAGCUGUUUGGUCGUGAUUCAGAGCUAAGGAGGGGCAAGGCUAGAGCGGCCCUCAAGAACGAGACCGGUAUGACCGACGAGGCGAUCGAAGGUUGGGCCAUUAUGAUGGGACGCAACCCCAGGCAAUUACGGCGACUUGAAGCGAAGUUUUCCAAUUUCCAGGGUCAGCAGCGGGAACUUCAAUCAACAGCAUGGCGGGAUAGCCCGGCAGGGUCUGGUGAUGAAGCUAGUGGUGACGGGCAAGGUGGUCGUGGCGGAAGAGGCGGCGGCGGCGGCGGUAGGGGUAGAGGUAGAGGUCGCGGACGUGGUGGUCCAGGUGGUGGACGUGGUGGCGCUAGCGUCGCGGGUCCUGCUGAUGACAAAGGCACGCAGAUAUCGCGGCAACGAAAGGAGGCCAACAAGGGCUCAAGCGCGAACCACAACCGCAAGGCUCAACGUGGGAAGAAGAUGGCUCGAGCAGGAUUUCCGGCCAGUUGA